AUGAAGACCACUACCAUCUUCACCGCACUCGCCGCAGCCCUUCCUGCUUUUGCAGCACCACAUGCUCGCUCUACCGGAGACUCCUUCGGCGGUCUAGCCAUCAACUCCGGCUCUCCUAUCCACCUCUCUGCCAUCAACGCAAACGGCAACUCCUUCUGGCUCAACAAAAAGACUUCAUCCUACUGCCCUAACACCACCGUCACAUCCUGCCCUGACGGCAAAUACACCUACUUCACCGGUGGCAAUGACACCCUCUCCCUCAACGUCGAGGUCCCCGGCGGUCAACGCGUCUACGUCGCCCAAGACGGCAGUCUCGGCUUCACUAUCCCCCAUGGCAGUGUUUCUGGCAGCCAGAAUGUCAGCUACACUGGUUUCAACUUGAGAGAUAGCGGUAUUCAUUUGCAGUUCAAGGGUGCUGAUUGGAUUGCUGUGCCUAUUGGUAGUGCUUACAAGGUCUUUGCUGCUGCGGCUGAGAAUGCUCCUAAGAACGGCACUGGAUUCUCUUUCAGAGUGGGAUCUGUUGAUGCUACUUUUGGUGCUUGGGAGUAUCUGUAA